CAAGACCGGAUUAGAAAACGUAUUUCCGGGGCGUCCUAAAACAAGGAAGUGUCAGAACGUGAAGGCUGCAACAGUUGGCGGAUGAGGGACCCAGCAGGAUGGUGGCCACCAGAUCGAUGCGGCCGGACCGGGCGGAGCGGCCGGAGCUACCGGAGAGGCCUUUCUCGAGACGAAUUAAGAUGAAUGAAUCCCCGGGGCGCAGGGGUUUACCUUCCCCCAGAGCAAGGAGGAGUAACAACAGACAGCCAGAAGACAUGAAGGACCUGAAGACUGAUAACUUAAACGAUGCUGACACCAAACCCCUCCCGCAGGAUCCUCCCACAGUCAAAGCAGUGAGGAGUAGAAGUAGGAUUUCAUUAGCACAGACCCUUGAGCCAGCAACAGAUGGAGAGGUCUCCGAAGCAGAGUCAACUUGUUCUUAUGCCUCCGGACUACAGGAGCCAACAGUGAGGGUCACUAGGAGAAGGCGCAUCAUAAUUCCCUGCCAGCCAGAGUCCAAAGCCAGGGGUAGACACAAGACCACUCGAAGUGAAUCCAUCAAAUCUGGUGAUGAAGGUGAAGUUUCUGAAACUGAGUCCUGCUCCUCAGUUCUUUCUGCCCUUUUGGCAUCACCUGUUAGAACCAGAAGGGCCAGACAGAGAGAGUUGAAAUUCCAUUUGGAUCCAAAUUCUGCUUUACUGGCUGAAGAAACUUCUGAUGCUGAGUCAUGGUGCUCAGGUGUUUCAUCCAUCGGAAGCCGAAGAACCACAAGAAACAAACAGAGGAAAUUAAAGAAAGAAGAUGAUGCUCAAGCUGAAGUGGAAGAUAAUGUGGAUAGGCCAGAAAAUGUAAACCAGAAUGAACAUGUAGUUCCUUCUCAACUAGAGAGCAUCUCUGAAUCCACAUGUGUGGGUACUCAGAGUUCAGAUACUGAACAGACUGCUCCUUCUCCAGAAAAUAGGCCCAGUCAAUGUAAAGAUGAAAUUCAGGUCUCUGAUGGUAAAUCCUUAGUGAAAAGUUCAGAAGAAAAACCAGAAGUACAGACAAGAAGGAAGAAAGGUGUCAUUGCCAAAGAGUCUUUGGAAGAAAAGAAUUUAAAUGAACAGCCCUGUAUCUUGGAGGAGGAAAAAGAAACAAGUUGUACAGAACUUCUGCAAAGUAAUUUUGAAAAACAAUUUACUUCUCAAAGCCAGUCAACACCAGAUAAUACCAAACCAGAGCACCAAAACACAGGUACUGAUGGGGUAAGAAAAGCUUUUGUUCUUUCAGUUGAAUGUAAGGAGGGGAGCAAGGAGAAUGAAAAGGCAGGGGAAAUCAGUGAUGUUACAGAAAUCAGAGAGAGUAGUGACCACAAAAUCAGCGUCAUUGAAGAUACUAAUGACAAAGAAGAACAUUUAAAAGGUAAUACCAUGGUAAGCCCCCCCUCGGUUUCCAACAGUUCCCAUAACAGUGAUUAUAUCCUGUUAGCUCUCAGCAGUGAUGAGGAGGACCAGGUAUCUGAAGAUAAUGAGAGUGAAGAAGAUAUAUUGUGUUUUAUUGAGAAUAGUGAGCAAAAGCUGUCAUCGGAAAAAGACUCAGAAGAUAACCCAUCAAAUGAUAUAUUCUUUGUCAUUGAUAAAACCCCUGGAUUGAGUUCUGAUAAGAAUUAUUAUAUAGAGGAAGAAAAAACAAGUGAAGUAGCCAGUGAGCAGGAAAGUGAUGAAGAAGAAAGUGAAGAGGAGGAACCUGUAGACCAGGAAGAAAAUGAAGAUGAGUUCAUAGAUGAGGAUGACGUAUUGAGUAACACCAAGUCUAAACUCUUGAAGUUGUCAAGUAGCAGCAUAGACCCUGGUCUGAGUAUUAAGCAACUUGGAGGCUUGUAUAUUAACUUUAAUGCAGAAAAAAUGGACUUUAACAAAAAUGCCCUUGCGCAAAUAAAGGAGAAAAACAAAAAGGAGCUCUUGCAGAAAACCAUAAUUACUCCUGAUUUUGAAAAGAAGGAUUGCAUCCCACCAUACAAGGAAUCACAAUUUCAACUUAAGAAAAAACGCAGAGAGGAACGGAACAAAACAGCAGGAGAUGGCUGGUUUGGUAUGAAAGCCCCAGAAUUGACAACUGAACUGAAAAACGAUCUCAGAGCACUGCAGAUGAGGGCCAGUAUGGACCCUAAAAGGUUUUAUAAGAAAAAUGAUAGAGAUGGUUUCCCUAAAUAUUUCCAGGUUGGAACAAUUGCCGAUAAUCCCGCUGACUUCUAUCAUUCUCGGAUUCCUAAGAAGCAAAGGAAAAGAACAAUUGUGGAAGAAUUGCUGGCUGAUUCUGAAUUCAGAAGGUACAAUAAAAGGAAAUAUAAGGAGAUCAUGAUGGAAAAAGCCACUAAUGCAGCUGGAAAGAAGUUUCGGAAAAAGAAGAAAUUUCGAAACUAAGAUGUAGUUACCUAAACAUACCCUCAAGAGUUUUAUUUUCGUCUUCAUUUUUCCUUCAUUCGCUAAAGAUGUGUUGAAGGCUGCUGGUGUCAUACUAAUAAUGUACUAUAGGACUGGCCCCACUUAUAUAGCUUGUUCCUGGAGAAAGUUAUUUAGGAAACAAAGAGGGGUUUGUGUGGAUUCUUUAUAUUUGUAACAGAAAUUGGUAUGUUUGUUUUUUGGAGGAAAGAGAAAAGAAACCAUGUAAUUUGAGGAUAAAAAUGUGCAGGUCUUUAAGAGACCCAGAAAGACUUAGAAUGUUUAAAAAUAUGUUUUUAUAUCAUUGAAAUUUUUGUAAAGUUUGUAACAUCUUUUGUUUAUUUAAGCAGUGUAGGGAGUGCCAACAUUUUCUAAGGACUCCUUAUCUCUUCUGCUCUAAAAGAGCUUUAUAAAGAUGAAUGUACUUACUGUGCAGUAAAUUUUAGAUUUGGGAUAGUCAUGAUAAUAGAAUAUCAAAGUGAUAGUAUGCCCUGUUUCAUUUUACAUUUUAGUAUAGAAUUUUACAGAUGCCUACACUUGCUGUAUAAGAAAAAUUAAAACUCACUUUAAACUCCAUUGAAAGCUUAAAAGUUAAGAAUUAUGUUCACUGCUUGAAA